AUGAGCGAAUAUGAGCGACAGCGACAGGAGAAAAUCGCGAAGAAUCAGGCACUUCUACAGCAACUACAAUUAGACGCCCAGCAGACUGGAAUUGGGCCAAAAUCGCGACCAAAGCCUUCAUCAUCAACAGCUCAGAAGCGCAAAAGGCCAACCGACAGAGCGAUCAAGGUUGAAACUGCGCCUCGAAGAACAUCGGCGCGUCUCCAAGGCAUCGUUGCUGAUUCCGAAGUCGCUAGACAGAAAGAUGAAGCAGAUGCUGUCGCAUUUCAAGAAGAACAAAAGGCAAAGCGACAACGUAUCAGUGAAGACAUUAACCUCACGGACGCCAUCACGAAUGGUGGGCAUUGGAAUCGUGCCGGGAAUUGGUUGAGUAAUGUUGGACCUGCAAACCCGGGCGAGCGCACAUUCGAUGCGCAAGAUAUCCGCAACACUUCCGACAAAGAGCUUAGAGAAGUACGCGAGCGGAUGAGUAGCCUGCAGUUGUGGGAAGGCGCCCAGCCAAACAGGAUCAAAAUUACUCCUGAGAGGAUAUACUCGCUCGGUUUCCAUCCGACCGAGGAGAAAGCGCUUGUGUUCGCAGGCGACAAGCUUGGAAGUCUUGGUUUGUUCGAUGCAUCGCAAACCUCUCCCGAGAAAAUCAAGCAGGAGGCCGACGAUGCAGAUGAAGAUGGCGACGUGGACGAGGAGCAAGAGCCGGCGAUAACAACAUUCAAAAUUCAUACGAGGACGAUCAGUGCAUUCACAUUUGCACCUCACGACCAGAAUGCUCUUUUUUCUGCUUCGUAUGAUUCGUCAAUUCGCAAAUUAGAUUUGGCAAAGGGCACUGCGGUGGAAAUUUAUGCGCCAAGCGACACUGGUGCUGAUGAGCCGCUGUCUGGCGUGCAGAUCAGCCAUGCCGAUCCAAACAUGCUCCACUUCACCACUUUGGACGGACGAUUUGGUAUGCAUGAUAUUCGCACACCGAAGGACGAGGUAAGCUUGAUGCAGCUUUCGGAGAAGAAGAUUGGUGGAUUCUCUCUGCAUCCCGCACACCCUCAUAUACUCGCAACAGCUUCACUGGAUCGUACUCUGAAGAUUUGGGAUCUACGCAAGAUAAGUGGAAAGAAGGACGACCGUACCCCAUCACUGGUAGGAGAGCACUUGUCCAAAUUGUCCGUCUCGCACGCAGCUUUCAACAGUGCCGGCCAGGUUGCGACGGCCAGUUAUGACGACACAGUAAAGAUCUACGACUUCUCCGAUUGUGGUAGCUGGCAGCCUGGAAAAACCACAUUGGGUGAAGAUGAAAUGAAACCUGCGACAAUCGUUCCACACAACAACCAGACAGGGCGUUGGGUUACAAUUCUGCGUGCUCAGUGGCAGCAGCGGCCGCGCGACGGCAUCCAGCGAUUUGUUAUCGGCAACAUGAAUCGUUUUGUUGAUAUCUAUUCUGGCGAUGGAAAGCAACUUGCGCAACUGGGAGACGACAGCAUCACAGCCGUCCCCGCGGUAGCACAAUUCCACCCGACAAUGGACUGGGUGGGCGCUGGAACCGCGUCUGGCAAAUUGGCCCUGUUCAUGCCAGCAUGA